UGCCUUUUUGAGUCCAGGGAGUAUUAUGUGUUCAUACUUCAUUUGUCAAAGUAGUAUUCUUUUAGUGGACCAUCAAUUUCUGUAGUGUAAUUCAAAAACUGGUCCACUUCCAAUGAUGACUAAUAGCAGUUAUAAAAGGAUGAAGAUGUCUACAAAGGUACUCAAUCGUAGGAGCCUUAUAGUACAAGAAUGACAGAAAACUUCUCAGAAGAAAAACAAAGGGAGUAUACUAGGGAUGGGUCUGUGGAUCUCAAAGGAAACCCAAUUCUAAGAUCGAAGAAGGGUGGAUGGACUGCUUGCUACUUUGUCGUAGUAUAUGAGAUUUUUGAGAGGAUGGCUUACUAUGGGAUAACUUCAAACUUGGUUCUGUACUUAACAAGGAAACUCCACCAAGGCACAGUAGCUUCGGCUAACAAUGUCACCAACUGGGUCGGCACUGGUUUCCUCACUCCUAUUUUGGGAGCUUAUAUCGCUGAUGCUCAUCUAGGACGGUACUGGACUUUUGUCAUUUCAUCGGCUAUUUAUUUGUUGGGUAUGUGUCUCCUAACUGCAACAGUUUCAAUACCAUCCUUAAGACCACCACCUUGCAACCAAAACAAUCUUGCAAAUUGCAAACCGGCAUCAAAACUCCAAGUUGGUGUAUUUUUUGCUGCUCUAUAUACACUAGCACUCGCAACUGGUGGUACCAAACCAAAUAUCUCAACCAUCGGUGCAGACCAAUUCGAUGAAUUCGAUAAAAAGGAGAGAAGCCACAAGAUAUCCUUCUUCAAUUGGUGGAAUUUCAGUAUCUUUUUGGGGACUCUAUUUGCAAAUGUUAUUCUUGUAUAUGUACAAGAUAAUGUAGGGUGGUCACUUGGAUAUGGGCUUCCUACAAUUGGACUUGCAAUUUCAUUGGUGGUGUUUUUUGCCGGAACUCCCUUUUAUAGGCAUAAGUUGCCUCAAGGGAGUCCUUUUACGAAAAUGGCGCGGGUUUUGCUGGCGGCAUUGAGGAAAUGGAGGGUGUCUCUCCCUGAAGAUUCAGCAGAACUCUAUGAGUUGGAUAUAGAGGAGUAUGCACAAAGAGGGAAGUUCAGGAUUCACUCCACAAACUCGUUGAGGUUUCUGAAUAAAGCUGCAAUUAAAGCAGGCCGAAAUUCUCCAUGGAUGCUAUGCACAGUGACACAGGUGGAAGAAACAAAGCAAAUGCUAAAAAUGAUCCCAAUUCUGAUAGCAAUGUUUAUUCCUGCCGCAAUGAUAGCUCAAGUUAACACCCUCUUCGUCAAGCAAGGCACUACACUCAACCGACACACACUGGCAAUGCUCAUCUCAAUCGUGGUCUACGACCGUUAUCUGACAAAGAUCAUGAGAUCUUGGACUAAGAACCCAAGAGGAAUCUCUCUCCUACAAAGAAUCGGGGUUGGUUUAUCUCUACAUAUCGUUAUAAUGCUAGUUGCAUCGAUAGUUGAGAGAAGAAGACUAAGGUUUGCCAGAGAUCAUGGAGUGUUUCAAAGUGGCGAAACCGUUCCUCUCACUAUAUUUACACUAUUGCCUCAAUAUGCGCUUAUGGGUGUGUCUGAUGCUUUCUUAAUUGUCGGAAAAAGCGAGUUCUUUUAUGAUCAAGCUCCUGAGAGCAUGAAGAGUUUGGGGACUUCGUACUCAUUGGUGACUUAUGGGAUUGGGAAUUUCCUUAGCAGCGUUCUUUUGGGCGGGAUUUCGAAAUUUACGAAAAGAGGAGGAAGACAUGGAUGGAUUUUGGAUAAUCUCAAUGCGUCGCAUUUGGAUUAUUACUAUGCAUUAUUGUCAGCAUUGAGUGUGUUUAAUCUUGUCUUCUUCGUGUUUGUCAGCAAGCUUUAUGUGUAUAAGGCAGAGCUAUAUGAAUCAAAUGAAGAACCAAUGAAGGAUAUCGGCAAGGGAUAUGAUGAGGAAUCAGAGAUAUGAUUAAGGGGAUGAGUUGUAAUAUUUUUCUUCAUAAACAACAAAGUAAAGGGUUUUUAGCUAUAUAUCCUCCAAAUCAAGCAUAUUCGCAAAUUUACCCUUCAAAAUCUCGAUGUUUGCUAAUUUACCCUUCAGUUCUAUCACAUUGAGUUUAAAUACCCCUCAAACUUAACAUCAUUAGUUUUUGCAGCUAAGCAACUGACAAAAAAAUAGGAAUACCCCGAAAAUAUUCCUUAAUGUAUCUUGCAGAUUAAUAUGCUCGAAUUGGAGGGUAACUUAGCAAAUAUCUAAAUUUCGGGGAUAAACUUGCAAGUAUGUAUAAUUUGG